AUGCAGAGUGUGCCGAAUGUGAUUGUACAUGUGCAGUGGUGCUCGUUGCACAGUUACCACAAAAUUGUUGAGAAGAAUCUAGAGUUCGCAGACAGCUUCACAUGGCCUGGGCAUGAGCUUCCAGUCAAAUACACGAGUGCUCUCAAGACUCUGGUCAACACGUGGAGGGCACCUGGUAUGCACAGGAAGCUCAAAGCUGCUGCUACGAAGCUGUUCAACCCUGUGCUGGCGCAUCGGAUCUUCAAGAUUUUGCCUGGGCGUUGUAUAUCUGGUCGGUGGUGCAGCGUCGACGCGGUCGAGAAGAGGCUCGUCCACGACUGGGUGCACAUCGCCAGCGUGUUUGCGAAGGUGCUCAAGGGCGCCAAGAUUGUCGACGAGGCGGACCGCUUGAACGUGCUGCGUGCUUGCAUGGACAGUUGCAGAGCAGGCUUCCACGCAAUCGGUGAAGCUAACGUAGCAGCCGACACGCAUAGCUCAGGCGAGCUGGCAGAUGGCACGAUCUCUUUGAUCAGUUCGGAGGUUGGUGAUGAGACCAGGGUGCUCUUCGUGAAAUGGAGUAAUGCGAACAACAGAGAUGGGCGGCCUGUUAGCUUGGACAAGUUUGGCCGAGUAAAAUGGCUGGUGCCUGCCAGGAGAGGCGCCCGUCCUGGCGGCCUUGGCGUCCCCGAGGAGAGCUACGCAGGCGUUCGCGACUUCCUGGACCUGCCGAUGGCGUGCGCCGCGGCACUCGCGCCUUCGGCGCCCGCUGCUGCGCUGGGCGGCGGCGAUGCGCAGGUGGCGUCUACGGGCAUCGAUUUCAGCCAGUUCAAGCACAGCCAAGUGUGGGGCGACGGCUUCGCUCGUGCCGAGGACCGUUUCCCAGGGUUCGUGGGCUUGCAGCUCAUGGAGAUCCUGUUUCACUUCUAUCCCAUCUCGAAGGGCGCCUCGAUCAAGUUCAUCAACGGCGCAGGGCAGUGGGCCAUCUGGAGGGACCCCUUGAACAGCUCUCGCGGGGACGAGGCUACGAUAGAGGACCCUGGACCCUGCCGAACUUCUAAACGCAGCCACGCAACCAUCCUUGACCGUAUUACCUUAUUUAUUCUCUUCAUCGCUUUGCUCCUUCUCCUUCUCGUGAAGGAUAGGGCCGCCAGCAUCGAGACCGUAGGCUUGCUUCAUGGUCUCCGAGGCGGUGCGUGGGUCAGGGCUGGCUCCAAAGAUAACGCCAUGGGCCCCGCCGCCACCUUCACCACGCUCCACUGGGGGUCAUUGUGCGACGGCGUCAAGAGGGCCUUCGACCGUGACCCGAAGAAGUUGAAUGCGAAGGUCCAGCGCAGCGUUGCCCUCGGCUUGCAGGACGUCACCGUGUUCCCGUUCGACACCCCGAGGGACGUCUGCGAGAAGCUGGUGUCCUUGGGCAACUCCAUGAACAACAAAGCCUUGUCGACCACCUUCGUCGAGGUUUGCGAGUCGACCGACGUCAUCGAGGCGACGUGGGACAAGCAGAAGGAGGAUUUUGGCUGGACUCAUUCCAGCAUCGGGCAGACGGCCACGGAGGCCAACAAGAAGGCGAUGUUCAAGGCCGCGUUCGAUUACCCACGCUGGGACUCCGUCCCGAUGUACGAGAAUUGCCGCAAGUUCUACGCCGGCGCCAAGGCCCUGGUCAUCAAGCGCGGGUCGGGCGCUGAGGUGGCCUACUGGGAUGUGUUCAAGUGGUGCAAGACCAAUGUUGAUUUCACGAAUAGGGCCGUCGACAACCAUCGGGUGAUCUUCGCCAGCUGCUUCGCCAUCUUCAAGCGCUUCAAGGACGACCCUUCCAUGAUGGAGCAGCUGUUCUCGCUCGUGCUGCCUGUGAACAGGCCCAUCGGCAAGUGCCCCCUGCUCAAGGAGGGCUUGCCGAACCCAGCCAUCGCCACGACGAUCACCGACGGGAUGAUCAUGUCCAGUCUGUUGGCGACCAUGGACGACAGCAAAGUGAGCGAGGUCAUCGUGGCGGAGGGCAAUGACUACAGGGCGGCAGUUGCAGAGCAAGAGGUGGGCAAGCUCUUCAUCCACAACGUGAAGAACCUAUCGGAUUACUUGCGAAAGAUUCACCCUGCGAACCCCCACAUCGCUGCGUACGAGACCCUGGCUUACUUCGCAUCCUUGAAAGGGAGUGUGACCCUGGACGGGAGGGGGCCUGGCAAGGAGACGACUGUACGCAAGUUUACCGCGCUCAGGAAGGCCAUCAAGAGGCAGGUGUACAUGAGUGCCAAGCUCGCGCCUCGCACCUCGGACCCAGAUUUUCCAGAUGGAAUUGACGGUAUGGGUACGGAUGACACCAGCAAGGGGAGUGUGCCGAAGUUGUCGGAGAUCAGUGAGACCCAGGCCGAGAACAUGCUCAUGGAGUUCGUCAAGCACGCGCAGACAGUGUACAACUACAUGGCGAGCAACCUUCCCAACAUCAGCAUCGAUUGUCACAUUGCGCCUGCGAAGGUCGCCAACGAAGCGAUGAUGACUAUAUUCCCACAGCUGCCGACCAGUACUUGCGGUGACGCGGCCACGUUGUUCAGUGACAUUGUCCUACCAGCGGUGUUGGGCAAGAUCGAGGAGACUUUGCCAACGACUUUCGAUCAGGCCUUUGACCAGUUCGUCGUCUUGCGCGAAGCAAAUAAGACGUUCGCGGAGCACGUCGCGGGAGGGGGGUCCGCCGUGAAUGUGUUCGAGCAGGUCUGGCAGAAGGGCUUUACUACCACCAUGGUGCAGAACACGCGGAUGCAGCUGAUGACCAAGGUGAUGCUCCACUUGGGAUCGAUGCAGUUCAACGGUUCAACUAAAGAUGGCAGUACGAUUUCAUUCCCAUGGGUUCCCGUCUUCAUUCAAAGCCAGAUGAAGGUGGCUUGCGACAAGCACGCCAUGGACAAGAAGCUCAACACGAACGAGACCAUCACAAUGACGGAGAUCGUUGACAUCAACAAUAAGAUUGACAAACCUUGGGACGAGUACGUGCGCAUCUGGAUGCAGAAACUCCUCGGCAUGAACACGGGUCUGGAUACGUUGGAUUACAAGGCGUUCCGAGAUGAGCACAACCAAACAAUGGACGAGCUUAACAAGAUGACGAUUCAAUCCAUCUCGCGCGUGAUGUUUACGCAGUUCGGAUCAUCGUUGAAAUACGGGACUACGAGGGCGCAGGCGGUGGCACAGUACCAGAAGUUGUACCAUAGCAAGCACGAGAAGAAUCUCUGGGUCCUCGACUGGUGCGAGAAUCCCGAAGCGGCCUACCGCAUCAUCGUUGAGGGCCUGCGCAACGAGUACGUGCCGCAAGUGGAGCAAGCAACGUCGAUGGUGGCCAUCGAGAGGAGCGUCCUCGCUGACGAGGUUGACGACGAGACCCUGUCCGCGCUCAUCACCAAGACGAAAGCCAGCGAGCUCGUUGAGUCCGACCUUAGCGUUGCCGAGGAGAAGUACCUGAUCACGAAAGUGCAAGACCACCUCAACACUGUAAACAUGAAUGUCAUCAACGCUGGCGGCUUCAAGGGGUCCGAUCUGCUUUCCGUGUCGACGCUCGUCGCCAGUGCCAAAGAGACGAGGGUGGUCAUCACCCAGACGAACGAGGGCCACGUCGAGCUGCCGUACUGGGGCCGCGUCAUCAGCGAGGCGGCUGGGACAUCGUCAAACCCGAAGAACGUCCUGCCGAUGGAGGUCUACAUUAAGGAGCAGCGUGCUGAUGACCAUGACCAGAACGUUGAGACGGAGAAGCUGGUCUGCACGCUCUACUUGGACAGCUCAGUCAACAAGAACCCCGAUAGGAGCGACUGCUGCCACGCCUUCCUCGCAGCAGUUUUCAACGCCAAGAAGGCAGAGGCGCAGUCCAAGAAGCGCAAGGCCGAGGAUUCUGUCGUGAUGGAGGGCCUUGCGAGCCAUGAGGUCGUGUAUACCAAAGUAGACUUCGCUGUGUUCGGGAAAGAUUUGAUUGUUCUGGUGCCCUCCCUCGUGCCCGUUGGCGUCCAGCCGCCUGUGCCGUUCACCAUCGUGCGGGCCAAAGUCGCCAACGAUGACAGGGAGAGGGUGAAGCCCGCCGAGCGUGGCUCGCCCUCGAAGUCGUUCACGCACAGCUGA